UUAUUAACUUUUAAUUAAUUUUUUUUUCAAAAUAAAAUUAAUCGAAGAUAAUCAAAGAGGUUUUUCAAACUAAAAGGAUUUCUGCAACCAAAGCACCCAGAGCGAUAACUAUUUCCUCAAGCACUUUCUUUUUUCAAAACAUUUUUGCUACGUCGUGUAUUUCACUUUUUAAGACUACAUUUCAGAGAUUUAAAAUCAGCUAUGUCAGGUUUUCCUAGCUACAAUAACCCUUACUACUACUAUGUGACAUCUCAUAAUAGUUCUCUCUCUAAUCCUAUUGUGAAUCCGUAUUUCAACUAUCAAUAAAUGUCUUACAAGUAUUUAGUCGCUAAAAACUCAAAAGACUUGUACUUACAAUAGAAUAACAUAGGAAAGGAUAGAAGAAUAGACAAUUAAUAAAAUGGGUAAGGAAUGCAGCCUUUACUUGGAAACAUCAAGCAAAAGAAUGCAAGUUAUGACGACCAACUUUGUAAGACAAAAAAGGCUAACAAAGAUGUUUUAAAAAAACAAGGGCUAGAACCUAAAAAAGCCACUCAAAACGGUGUAAUUAUUAUAGAUGAUGAUGAAAACGAUCAGGUCUCGUAAAAUAUAAAUAUGCAGCAAAACAACAUUGAAAAUGACUCCUCUUCAGUUGAAGUGAUAGAAAAACCUUAAAUAGAAUAAUAAAAACAAAAAAACCAAGAAAAACCAAACAACUAACAACAACAAUAUGUUUAGAAACAGACUUCUGAAAGAGUCUAUGGAGCUUAAGCAGCUGGUAACACAAAUAUUAUGUAAAAAAUUACUUCUUUAGACCAAUCGGACAAGAGCGAUACAGUACUUAUUUCGAAUAUCAGCAAUAUCAGCAAAGCUACUACCUAAGCCAUCUCUCAAAACAGCAGCUAAAUCAGUGAAAAGAAAGCAACAGCUAUUCCCUAAAAAUAACUAAUUAUUUUGAGUGACGAGGAAGAUGAAGACCAAGAAUUCAAGUUAUCUUAACCUAAAGAAUUAUACUGUUACUAAAAUAAUAGUAAAACAUCUAGUUCAAAUAUUAAUAAUGUCAAAAAUAUGGGUUAAUGCACUCAGUACUAAAAAAUGUUUUAAACCUCACAAAAAAAUAUAAAAUAAAUUCCAGUAUGCGAUUUUGCUGAAGAUUUAACUAUUCUUAAAGUAUAAAAUCCUCAUAAACUCCACAUAAAUGAUUAAUUUAGAGCUACUUAAAUUAAAAGAAAUCAUUUUGAAUUACAAUCCUUAAAUUAAAAUGCUUAUUCAUCCAAAUUAGAAAAAUUAAAAUUAAAAGACCAUUUGAAACAAACAAAAUGUGCUUCUAGCUUUACUUAAAACAACUCUUUUAGUAAUACUAGUAGUAAACAUUCUAAUUAGAAUGCGUAAAAAAACAAUAAAUUUAAUGAUUAUAGACUAUAAUCUUAAAAUUUUAGCUAGGUGCUACAUAAUUAAAAUAGUAAUAAUUCAGUUUCAUCAUCUUCAUCAAAAGCAGCUCAUACCUCUUAGAAUUAUAAAAAUAACCAAAAUUAAAAAUACAUUGAUGCUGUUCAAUCUCCUUCUCAAACAAACAGCUCUUAAUAAGAAGAUAAAAAUAAAAAGUUUAUCAAUUCAAAAUAUUUAUAUUGUAGAAAGUGUGAUAAAUAGAUUGAAUUUAGCAAUAUGAGAAAAACAAGUGAAGGAUAAUCACAACUCUGCAAAGCCUGUUACUAGACCAAAUAAAAAAAUGACUAGCAAGAUAAAAGAUACUGGGAGCAAGUAUUUAGAAAUACUGAAGAUAGAUAAAAUAAGACUGAAGUUGGUGUAGAGUAUUAAGCUGUUAUUCCAGAAUAUUCUAUGGUUAAUUUAUAAUAGUGGUAAUAAUUAAAUAAAUCUAAGUUCCAAGCUAUUUUAUCAAAUAAAGUUCAUAGUGCAGAGGAUAAUGGAAUAUAUACAGAAGUUAUUAACUUGAUUCGCUCAAAAUAUAAUGAAAAUUAUUCUCAUAAUGAUUUCCUUUCCUUAAUUAAAAACACUAAAAUGACUUUAAAUGAAAUAAAAGAAAAAAUGGAAAAUGACGAUUAGAAUUUCAUGAAUUAAAUUGAAGCUUGCUGCUCGAAUACCUGUAAAAACUAAAGAGUAACUCGUUUAACAAAAAGAAGAUUAGAAUAUUUGCAAAAUUAUUGA